AUGGUUGCCGUUGACGUCAAGGAAAUCGGCGCCAAGGCCCUUCAUCUUGCUAAAAGCAAGCCGCCUGCUCUGACUACGGGCAUGAUUGUAUUUCUAGCCUUUUUGUAUUUUGGCGACACGUCCGGCCGCUGGCGUGACGCGAAUGUGCUGAAUCGAGAUGCGCUGCUGGAGUUGGAGAUCGGAAGAAUAUCCAUGUACCCGCUCUUUCACCUGAGCUUUCUUCAUUUGCUGGUGAACUUGGUCUCGUUCAUACCCCUGCUGGGCAUGUACGAGUCGGUGCACGGAACCGUGCGCACGGGCAUUGUACUGAACGUUACGGCCGUGCUGGCUGGUAUCGCAUACUGCAUAAUUAUGAUCAUUUUAGGCAGCGAUACUGCUGUGGCCGGCGCAUCUGGCUGGGUAUUCACCUGGCUGGCCUACUUUGCAUGGAAACAGCACGAAGUGAAUCCUAAAAUCACCCUGGCCGGCCGAAUCCCCAUGUUGACAUGGGCUACCCCUUUAAUCCCACUGGUGCUAUCAGCGAUCGUCUUUCCUAGUUCUAGUUUAUUGGGCCAUGUGUUGGGGCUGCUUGUGGGCUACGCGUAUGGAAUGGGCUAUAUUAACUUCCUCAUUGAGCCCUCGACCAACGUGGUUGAGUGGAUCGAGUCGAAAAUCACCCCGGUCAUCGCUAUUUUGAGCUACAUCGUCACCUGGGUCACCGAAGUGGAGGCCCGUCAACUGCGAACCCAAAGCGUCGGCAACAUUCUGCCCAUCUCCCAGCCAGGAAGUAGCAUUGCUGCCAGCAACGGUCCAGGACACGUCCUUGGAUCCGAAUAA